UUCUCCGCGGAGCGGGCGCGGGCUGCGGAGCCCACCGACAGCGCGGCUGGCCAGUCCCUGCGCGGCCACCUGCCCGAGGACCGCGCGUCCCGCUCGCAGACCUGGCGAUGCGGAGCGGCGCCGCCUGGGCGCUGCUGCUGGCUGCGGCGCUGGGGCUCUGGACGCACGGGGUGCGCGGCGCCGUGGCCCUCGCCGACUUCUACCCGUUCGGCGCCGAGCGCGGCGACGCCGUCACCCCAAAGCAGGACGACGGCGGCUCGGGGCUGCGGCCGCUGUCGGUGCCCUUCCCGUUCUUCGGCGCCGAGCACUCCGGCCUCUACGUGAACAACAACGGCAUCAUCUCCUUCCUCAAGGAGGUCUCCCAGUUCACCCCCGUGGCCUUCCCGAUCGCCAAGGACCGCUGCGUGGUGGCCGCCUUCUGGGCAGAUGUGGACAACAGGCGUGCAGGUGACGUCUACUACCGGGAGGCCACGGACCCAGCCACGCUGCACAGAGCCACGGAGGACAUCAGGCGCUACUUCCCCGAGCUCCCGGACUUCUCUGCCACCUGGGUCUUUGUCGCCACAUGGUACCGAGUGACCUUCUUUGGAGGCAGCUCUUCUUCUCCUGUCAAUACAUUCCAGACGGUGCUGGUCACCAACGGCAAGUCCUCCUUCACCAUCUUCAACUACGAGUCCAUCUCAUGGACCACAGGCACUCAUGCCAGCAGUGGGGGCAACUCUGCUGGCCUGGGGGGCAUCGCAGCCCAGGCAGGCUUCAAUGCGGGCGAUGGGCGGCGCUACUUCAACAUCCCUGGCUCGCGCACCGCAGACAUGGCAGAGGUGGAGACCACCACCAACGUGGGUGUGCCCGGGCGCUGGGCGUUCAGAAUCGAUGAUGCCCAGGUGCGCGUGGGGGGCUGCGGCCAUACAACCUCUGUGUGCCUGGCCCUGCGCCCGUGCCUCAACGGCGGCAAGUGCAUCGAUGACUGUGUCACCGGCAACCCCUCGUACACGUGCUCCUGCCUCGCAGGCUUCACAGGGCGGAGGUGCCACCUGGAUGUGAACGAGUGUGCUUCACACCCGUGUCAGAAUGGCGGGACCUGCACCAAUGGUGUCAACAGCUUCAGUUGUGAAUGCCCAGCUGGCUUCAGGGGACCCACCUGUGAGUCGGCCCUAUCCCCAUGUGACAGCACAGAGUGUCAAAAUGGCGGCCAGUGCCAGGCGGAGAGUGGUUCUGCCRUGUGUGUGUGCCAGGCCGGGUACACGGGGGCCACCUGCGAGACGGAUGUGGACGAGUGUGGCUCAGACCCCUGCCUAAACGGAGGGUCGUGUGUCGACCUGGUGGGGAACUACACCUGCGUGUGUGUGGAGCCCUUCGAGGGACCUCGCUGCGAGACAGGAAGCCACUCAGUGCCUGAUGCCUGCCUCUCUGCCCCCUGCCAGAACGGGGGCACCUGUGUGGAUGCGGACCAGGGCUACGUGUGCGAGUGCCCGGAAGGCUUCAUGGGCCUGGACUGCACGGAGAGAAUCCCCAGUGACUGUGAGUGCCGCAACGGAGGCAGGUGCCUGGGUACCAACACGACCUUCUGCCAGUGCCCCCCAGGGUUCUUUGGACUCCUGUGUGAAUUUGAAGUCACAGCCACACCCUGCAACAUGAACACCCAGUGCCCAGACGGAGGCUACUGCAUGGAGUACGGUGGGAGCUACCUGUGUGUCUGCCACACGGGCCACAAUGUCACCCACGCCCUGCCAUCGCCCUGCGACUCAGACCCUUGCUUCAAUGGAGGUUCCUGUGACUCCCACGACGACUCCUACACGUGCGAGUGCCCGCGCGGAUUCCACGGCCGGCACUGCGAGAAAGCCCGGCCACACCUGUGCAGCUCAGGGCCCUGUCGGAAUGGGGGCACGUGCAAGGAGUCAGGUGGCGAAUACCACUGCAGCUGCCCCUACCGCUUCACCGGGAGGCACUGUGAGAUCGGGAAACCCGACUCCUGCGCCUCCGGCCCCUGUCACAACGGUGGUACCUGCUUCCACUACAUUGGCAAAUACAAGUGUGACUGUCCCCCAGGCUUCUCUGGGCGGCACUGUGAGAUAGCCCCCUCCCCCUGCUUCCGGAGCCCAUGUCUAAAUGGGGGCACCUGUGAGGAUCUAGGCACGGAUUUCUYCUGUCGCUGCCAAGCAGGGUACACAGGACACCGGUGCCAGGCAGAGGUGGACUGUGGCCRCCCAGAAGAGGUGAAGCAUGCCACCAUGCGCUUCAAUGGGACUCGCCCGGGCUCGGUGGCUUUGUACACAUGCGACCAUGGCUACAGCCUGAGUGCCCCCGGCCACACCAGCAUCUGCUUGCCACAAGGUGUCUGGAGUCAGCUCCCCCAGUGCUUAGAAGUGGACGAGUGUCGGUCUCAGCCGUGCCUGCAUGGGGGCUCCUGCCAGGACCACGCGGCCGGGUACCUGUGCCUCUGCAGCAGAGGCUAUGAGGGAGCCCACUGUGAACUGGAGGUGGAUGCCUGUGACUCCAGCCCCUGCCAGCACGGAGGGAGGUGUGAGAACGGCGGUGGGGCCUACCUGUGCGUCUGCCCCGAGGGCUUCUUCGGUUACCACUGUGAGACAGUGAGUGACCCCUGCUUCUCUAGCCCCUGUGGGGGCCGCGGCUACUGCUUGGCCAUCAAUGGGUCCCACAGCUGCACCUGCAAAGUGGGUUUCACAGGCAAGGACUGUGCCAAAGAGCUCCUUCCACCGACGGCCCUCAGGGUGGAGAGAGUGGAGGAGAGUGGGGUCUCCAUCUCCUGGAGCCCACCUGAGGGCCCUGCCACCAGGCAGGUGCUCGAUGGCUAUGCGGUCACUUACGUCUCCUCCGACGGCUCCUACCGCCGCACGGACUUUGUGGACAGGAGCCGCUCCUCACACCAGCUGAGGGCUCUGGCGGCAGGCCGGGCCUACAACAUCUCCGUCUUCUCCGUCAAGCGCAACACCAACAACAAGAACGACAUCAGCAGGCCUGCAGCCCUGCUCACCCGCACACGCCCCCGCCCYAUUGAGGACAUAGAGGUCACCAACGUGUCAGCUGAUGCCAUCUCAGUGCGGUGGGCUCUGCACAGGAUCCAUCAUGCCACCGUCAGUGGAAUUCGGGUGUCCAUUCUCCACCCUGAAGCCACCGAGGCCCAAUCCACCGAGGUGGACAAGAGCGUGGACCGACUCACGUUUGGGGCCCUGCUGCCAGGAAGGAGAUACACCGUGUGGGUGGCCACCCUCAGUGGGCCUGGGGGAGCAGAGCAGCCUACAGAGAGCCUGGCCUCAGGGCCACUGCACGUGUGGACACGUCCCCUGCYUCCAGCAAACCUCACCGCUUCCCGAGUCACAGCCACCUCUGCCCAUGUACUCUGGGACAMCCCCACUCCAGGCACAUCGCUGGAGGCAUAUGUCAUCAACGUGACCACAGGCCAGAGCACCAAGAGCCGCUACGUCCCCAACGGGAAGCUGGUGUCCUACACCGUUCGGGAUCUGCUGCCAGGGCGGCGGUACCAGCUCUCGGUGACGGCCGUGCAGAGCAGCGAGCAGGGCCAGCUGCACAGCGAGCCCGCACACCUCUACAUCAUCACGUCCCCCAGAGAUGGCAAUGACAGACGCUGGCACCAGGGAGGACAUCACCCACGGGUGCUCAGAAACAGACCACCCCCAGUGCACCUGCCAGAGCUGCGUCUACUCCACACCCACGGCGCCCCCGGAACACCAACCCCGCCCCCGAGCUUCUCGGAACUUGUGGACGGAAGAAGAAGAGUAAGUGCCAGGUUCGGGGUCCUGCCCAGCACCUCAGCCACCGAGAGACCACAACCCACAACCCCAGUGCCACUCGGGAACACAGAAGAGGCCCCCCAGCAGACCCACGUGGUCCUCCAGCUCCCCAAAGACAGCAACAAGGAUGCUGAAAGCGCCCCUGAGAGCUGCUCAGAAGGUGCCUGUCAGAAUGGAGGCACCUGUGUGCCAGGUGCGGAUGCCCACCACUGUGACUGCGGGCCAGGCUUUAAAGGCAGGCGCUGUGAGCUCGCCUGUAAAAAGGUGCCCCGCCCCUGCACUCGACUGUUCUCGGAGACAAAGUCCUUUCCAGUCUGGGAGGGAGCCGUCUGCCACCACGUGUACAAAAGAGUCUACAAAGUUCACCAAGAUGUCUGCUUCAAAGAGCACUGUGAGAGUACCAGCCUCAAGAAGCCCCAUACAGUUGUUUCAGGAAACAAAGUGACCGUCAAACACUGAAGAAACAAAAGGUACCAUUCCCCUGUGCCCUGAGAGCUGCUGGGAAGAGGGAGAGGAGCCCGCCUACCCUGGGCCUCUGGGAGCGCUGCCACUCCCUAGGCCCUGCUAAGCCUCAGGCCAGGUGGCUUCAGGAUGCCCUGACUCAGGCCUCCCAGCAGACCCAAACUCAUCUCCAGGAGGAAGAGAGGCUCUGGGGUGAGGGCAUAUCCUGCCUUCUCUCAAGGGAACAUGGAGCAGCUGCCACAGGGGCUCACAGAAAGCUGGAAGACCACCCGGCACCUGGAGGGAGGAGACUGCAUGGAGGGAGGGCCUGAGGUGCUGAGGAAUUCUGGGGAAACCCCAGAAUGGUAUUAUACUGGAAGCUAAAAUGGAGGCCUUAGUCARGAAACAUUUGGCAAGUCCUGAAGACGGUCUCCGACCAGGAUGGUCACAUGAGACACUGGAAUUCUAAGCAUCGUGAACUCUGGGAUGGAAGAAAUUUYACCUUUGUUCAAUCCAGUAUUUCCCAAACUCUUUUGGCAAACAAACCCCACCCAAGCCGUGUCUCCCUCCAYGCCACUCUGCUGGUUCUUACGGAGCACUGGCACUCUUCGCAACACUGUGAGACACCGGGCCACACGAGACCCCAUGAAGCUCUCGGCCCCACCUCUCCAGGAGCCCACAGAGCCUGCCUUCCUAGCACUGGGGACAGGGAGGCUCUGUGGUCAUGGGCCCUUUCAGGUCCUGACUUCUGGGCUGAGAAAASAGAACUCUAAAAAGCCAAGGAGCAUUCCAGCUGGCUCACACACUGAGGGAAAGACAAGCUCCCCGGGCCCCCAGGAGACCUCAAAAGCAGCAGGGUCCCAUCUCAAAUGGGACUUCUCUCUGCGAAAGCAGCCGACAGUGCUGGGCUCCUUCCACUCUGGGCACCACCUCCCCUGCUGACUCUGCCUCUAAGGACACACGGACAGACAGUCGAGGGCUUGCAGGCAGUCCAACCCUGGUGAGGUCAAGAGCCCACAUACACCAUCUGGGUGGGAAAUAUCUGCAUGGCAGUAAGUCUCCUGAAAUAUUAUGCAUCUUUUUAAAAGCUCACCUAGCAAACCCAUUUCCAUAGAAACAAAUGAGAAACCCCCAGCUAAUGAUGGAUCACCAGCUGUGGAGCACACCUGUUCUUACUACACGCUGGGGCAAACACAAGCAGGAAACAGGAGCACACCACUCAGACGCCGCCAGGAACCACAUGGAGACUCCUUCAACACAGAGCAGCCUGGUCGGGGCCCAGUGGAGGUGGGUGGAGGGGCAGCCACCUGCUGGUGCCAGUCUAAGAACCCAGUGCCCGCUCAGGUUCCCAGGGUGGGCACAGGUCCUCCCCCACUCCAGGCCCUGCCUCCCUGCACUCAGGCCAGGCUUGGGCUCAAAGGGCAGCGGAGAGGGCAUGCUUGGUGCUCUUCUCAUGUCUGCAUCUGUUGGUCCUUCAGAGGACUUGGGAUGAGYUCACUGCACUCCACCCACCUUAGGAUUUUCCAAAACCUAGGAAGAUGAGCUCUAAUAACUGGAUUGAAAAGGAUACAGAAACAGGCCCUGGAUGGGUCAGUUCCCUUUGUGACCUCUGGCCAGGCCUGUACACACACCAGCCCCCAAGAGUCACUGAAGCACCUACGAUCUAGCGCAGGCUAUGGCAUCCCUGAGCAUGGUCUAUCCUCCACACAGCUGGCCUAGCGGGGCCGUUAACAUCACUUCCGCAGUGCUUAGAAACCAGCCCUCAGAUUCCAGUGUGAGAAAGGUCUCCCGAACCAGGAGGAGGACAGACUUCUACCACAGACGUGGGCAGUGGGAAAGUGGAGACARGGUGAAUCCUCCUACCUGCUGCACAUCAUUCAUGCUGCACAUGGUCCAUGCAUUUGGAGGUGGAAGUGUUCAAUACUACUAAAAUGGAGCUUGGACAGUUUCAGGCUGCACUGUGAUGGCAGACUCUUUGUGCAGGGCAGUGAACGCUUCUGGCUUGCCGAUCAGAGGCUCUGUGGCCACUGCUCAGCUCUGCCCCUGCAGCAUAGCCAUGGAUGUGCAGCUGAAUGUGCGUGGCUGUGCUUCCCUGAAGCUCCACUCAAAAGAACAGUCACAGGGUGGACCUCUGAUCUGUGAGGUCACCCAGGCUUUGGCCUCAUGUAGUGGAAGCCAUCCCCUGGGUGACAAGUCACCACCAAGGCUCCAAAGACCCACAGAAGACUUACACAGGAAAAAAAAAAAAACCCUCCUCA